CAGCGACCAAUGGCCCGCUUCGUCAGCUAGUACUACUCCAAAAUCUGUCUCCGCAUUUCCGUGACAUCCAUCUCUUGUCUUCACAGUGUCUCGUUGCUCACCACCAUGGCGCUCAAGAAAACCGCCCCAUACGGCUCAUGGGAGUCGCCCAUAUCUGUCGACUCUGUUGUUUCCAAGAGCUGGAAGCUCUCGUCUCCUCGUGCCAGUGCUAAAUCUGGACGGGCCUUCUACACUGAGAGUCGAGAAGCUGGUGGCAUCUCGAUUAUCGAAAUCACCAAAGAUGGACUGAAGGAUAUCCUUCCCGCCGAGUACAGUGCAAGUAAUUCAGUCUAUGAGUAUGGAGGCUCGCCAUAUGCCGUGCUCCCCGACGACCGCAUCAUCUUUUCCCACAAGGACAACACAGUCCACACCCUAAAUACAGACACCAAGGAGGUUUCACUUCUCGUAGGCUCGCCCAAGUUGAGGUAUUCCGACUUUGAUGCUCAUCCGGCUCAUCCUUGGGUGUUGGCCAACGAGGAGGAUCACGAGCACGACACUCCUGACGGAGUCAGGAACUACAUUGUGGCCAUCAAUACCGAAACAGGAGAAGUCAAAAGGAUUCUUGGUAGUGCUGACUUCUACUACACUCCGUAUUUCAGUCCCGACGGGACGAAACUGGUUUGGCUGGAGUGGAACCAUCCUGACCUCCCUUUCGAUGCAGCGAAGCUGUGCUCUGCGACCUGGCAAGCCGACGGUGCCAUCUCAGAUAUUCACUUAAUUGCUGGAAAAGAUCGCGAAGGCGUUGCUGAGCCGCGAUGGGGCCCUGAUGGGUCGCUGUUCUUCGGCAAGGAACCCAACGGGUAUCGUCGCUUGUUCCGGAUCCCACCUGGCCAAGAUGUACCUGUUGAGGUCCAGUUUGAUGAGCUGAGCCAGUCUGAAGUUGGUGAGAUUCGCUGGUUUCAGGGGAGUCACACAUAUGCCCCGUUAUCGAAACGAUAUCUCGUGGCUUGCCCCGUCACCGCCGGAGUGUCCCAGCUGAAUAUCGUCGACCUGGACACAGGAUCAUGGACAACAAUUGAAGAUGCAUCAAUGCUAUCCGAAAUUAUGUUGGAUUCAGUGGCUCGCCUAGAUGACUCGUCUUUCCUUGUCAUCGGAGGCGGGGCGGCCAGUCCUCAGACAUUAUAUCGAUGCGAACUUGGAGAUGUUUUUACUAUCACUGCUAUACGGAAGUCGACAGAAGAAGAACUUCCAGAAUCGCUCUACUCAAAACCAGAGUCCUUGGUUAUUACUUCAAGGGAAUCGUCAGGUAGACGCAUUCACGGUUUCCUGUGGCCGCCACACAAUCCAAACUUUGAAGCACCGGACGGCGAGCUACCGCCCCUGAUAAUGGUGGUCCAUGGAGGCCCAACGUCCUACAUAGGCCCCGGCCUAAAACUGCGGACCCAAUACUUUACCUCGCGAGGGUAUGCUCUCCUUGCGCUCAAUCAUGGUGGGUCGAGUGGACAUGGGCGUGAGUACCGCGAGGCUCUGUUUGGCAACUGGGGACUGCUGGAUUCGAACGACGCUGCGGAGUUUGCAGAAUACCUGAUAACGACGCAAAAAGUGAGAUCCGGUGGAGUGGGAAUCACCGGCGUCAGUGCAGGUGGUUACAACACACUUCGGACGUUGACGCGUCAUCCGAAGACAUUUGCGGCGGGUGUCUGCCUCUCCGGUAUCAGUGACCUCAAGAGACUGGACGAGUCCACACAUAAGCUUGAGUCAGACUACAUGGAUCACUUGCUUAUUCCCUCAGGCUCGAGCAAGAAGGAUAAAGAGAGAAUUUGUCGCGACCGGAGCCCUCUAUAUCACGUGGACAAGAUUGAGUCGCCAUUGCUGUUACUACAUGGUGCGAAGGACAGAGUGACGCCAAUUGACCAGGCUCAACAGAUGGCGGACGCUAUAAAGGCAAAGGGAGGCGAUGUAGAGAUAAUCGUGGCGCCGGAGGAAGGUCAUGGUUUUUCGCAGCCUCAGAAUGCGAGGUUGUGGUUGGAAGAGGAGGAGAAGUGGUGGCGAAGGACUCUAUUGUGAGUGUUGGGUUUGGGUCAGGAAGCCGAAAAUGGCAUGUGUGACGAAUAAACUAUUUGGUCAUCAAAGGCGGGUGGCAGUUUGUUGGUAAUUUGUCAUGAAUGUCGGAUGCCCAGCAAAUCGAAACGUGAUGUGUACGA